AUGGAUGCUCCACCGGCUCAAGCCGCUGGGUACCCAGUCGCACCCUCCCCAGAAGGGGCGGAAAAGGCGGAUGAGACGGAUGAGGACUACGACCUGACUGACUUGCGGGGACUUCUCAAGUUCCUGUGUGAUUCGAACAUCAUUCUGAUCCGAGGGCAAUUCCUGAAGAAGCUUCUCGACAAAGGCCGUGCGUGGCCGCGUCGCCAGGAGUUGGAGCAGGAGGCCGCUGCAGCAGGAAAUGCCACAGAGUUCUUCAUCGAUCGUCAAAGGAUGAGCUCCUUGAGCUCCUUACCUUUGCCCGCUGACUGGGCCAAGGAGAGAGACUGCCCCUUCGUGGCCAUCUCACAUUGCUGGGAAGCGCGCGAACACCCAGACCCUUCGCGACACCAGUUGCGUUUGGUUGUGAAGCAUAUGCAGAACUUGGAUAGCCCAACGCUUCCCACCUCUUGGCUGAUGCGUGGGCACCUUCCCCAAGAUUAUUAUUUCUUUAUUGAUUUCAUGAGCCUCUACCAGUACGAGCGUUGCGCGGAAGAGCAGAACCGCAGCUUUAAGGCAGCGAUGCGGAACAUGCAGGUCGUAUACUGCCACGAGUGCACGCAGACCUGGCGCGUCGAGUCUCUUGCCCCAGAGAUGGAGGAAGAAGCUGCAUCUAUCCGAGUGGACAUCUGGGACGACGCCAAGAAGAAGAUGCGUCUCUCCCUGAUGAGCCGCCUCACGGCCAACCGCACUCCCUACAGGCGCCGCGGCUGGUGUGUGGCUGAGCUGCAGUGGUCGAAGGCACGCUCGGCCUCCGAGAAAACACACAUCAUCGACGAUGCAGAUGCGAUGCCGAAAUACGGGCGAGAGGCCCCGAUGCCCCCCAACAUUUUUGAGGACAGGGUGGAAAAGGAGGACUUGGUCUUCACUCAUCGUGGGGACGCUAAGCCGGUGCUGGACUUGCAGAAGAAGAUCUUCGAGAAAAAGGCCAAGGUCACUGACAUGUUGUUGCUGCAGGACCUGCCCAAAGAAGAGCUGCAGAUACUCGCUGCCGCGAUCCCGCUGUACCCCCGCCUGAAACGCCUAGAGCUGCGGCACUGCGAGUUUGAAGCCGGUGACUCCCGACCCCUCCUGGAGGCCCUCUUCGCUUCUUCCAUCCAAGAGCUUCUCAUCGAGGACUGCGAGGAUCUCCUGCCCUUCCUGGAGGCGUGGCGCAAGCUCGUUGAAGAGCCAAGCUCCGUGGGCAAGGCAUGCAGAGGUCCUACCUCAAUCUCUUUGAGGAAGAACAACAUCACAGAUUCGGGAGCCCAGGUCCUCAUCCAAACACUCCGAAAAAGCUCCUUGUACAUGCAAGUGAUCCUUGAGCAGAAUCCCAUCCGAGAGGCCACAACGAAGGCCUUGCGGCUUGCCAACGCGAUCUUGGCCAUCAAGUUCCAACAACAGGAGAGGCUUGAUUUGAGUCAGGCCGACUUGGGCGACUAUGAUGCCGAGGUGCUGGCUGAAGUUCUCCAGUCGAAUUGCUCCGUUACAGAGAUCAACCUGCGGCACAACAAGAUAGGAGAUGUGGGGGUACAGGCUCUUGCUGAAGUCUUCAAGGUCCACUGCUCCAUCAAGAAGAUCGACCUGUCGUGGAACAAGGUGGGGCUUGUGGGGGCGCAGGCCCUGGCAAAAGCCAUGGAGAUGAACCCCGCCAUCAAGUCGGUCGAGCUGUCCAAGUGUGAGAUCGGAGACCUGGGGGAAAAGACUAUGAAGUUGGCCCACGCGAUCUCGGCCAUCAAGUUCAGCAAAGGAGUGGAGGUUGACUUGUCUCGUGCUGGUUUGGGAGACUCCGAUGCAGAGGCCCUUGCAGAAGUCAUCAAGAUGAGCUCCAGCAUCGAGUCGAUCGACCUGGGUUCCAACCAGAUCGGUGAUGUGGGAACGCAAGCUCUUGCUGAAGCAUUCAAGGCCAGCCGCUCCUUCCACACAAUGACACUGAGCAAGAACCGGGUCGGAGAUGUGGGAGCGCAGGCCAUCAUCCAAGCGAUUCAAGAAAGCUCCGCAUGCAAGCAGGCGUUCCUUGAAGGCAACCAGAUCCAAGAGGCUGCCAUGAAGGCCGUGGAGUUGGCCAAUCAGAUCUCGAACAUCAAGUUCAGGGAAGAGGUGCAAAUCGGGAAUCUGAACAUUGAAAUCAAGGAGGUACGCAUACUUACUUUGAGCUGCAAGCGCUUGGGUGACUCCGACGCUGAGGCCCUCGCUGAGGCCAUCAAGGUGAGCCCGUCCAUCGAAUCGAUUGACCUCAGCUCUAACCAGAUCGGGGAUAUGGGGGCGAAAGCCCUUGCCGAAGCCUGCAAAGUGAGCUCGUCUAUCCGAAGGAUCGAGUUAGCUUCCAACCACAUUGGAGAUGCAGGAGCGCAGGCCUUUGCGGAAGCCAUCAGAGCCAGCCACUCCCUCAUAUAUAUCGACCUGACUUUCAACAAGAUGAAGGAUCAGGGUGUGAAGGCUGUCAGUGAUGCAGUCCGAGACAGCUCCUCCAACAAGGAGGCGUUCCUCGAAGGCAAUGUGAUCCAAGAUGCUACCAUAAAGGCAUUGCAGGCAGCGAAGGUGAUCUCGGUGAUCAGAUUCAAAGAAGCACCAGCUGAAGUCCGUUUACGCGACAUGCUCCUGGCGGAUCCUGAUGCGAUUGCUCUUGCGGAAGCUAUCAAGAUGAAAUCCUCCAUCCGCAAGCUCGACUUGAGAUGGAACCAGAUAGGAGACUGUGGAGCGCGGGCCCUUGUGGAAGCCAUUAAGGUCACCCCCUCCAUCGAAUCGAUUGACCUCAGAUCUAACCAGAUUGGAGACGCGGGGGCGCAGCUCCUCGCCGAAGUCAUCAGGUCGAGCUCCUUGCUCACAUGGAUCGAAGUCAGUUCCAACAGGAUAGGAGAUGUGGGAACGCAGGCUCUUGCUGAAGUUCUCGCGUCGAACUCCUCCAUCACAGAGAUCAACCUGCAGCACAACAAGAUAGGAGAUGCGGGGGUACAGGCUCUGGCUGAAGUCUUCAAGGUCCACUGCUCCAUCAAGAAGAUCGACCUGUCGCGGAACAAGGUGGGGCUUGUGGGGGCGCAGGCCCUGGCAAAAGCCAUGGAGAUGAACCCCGCCAUCAAGUCGGUCGAGCUGUCCCAGUGUGAGAUCGGAGACCUGGGGGAAAAGACUAUGAAGUUGGCCCACGCGAUCUCGGCCAUCAAGUUCAGCAAAGGAGUGGAGGUUGACUUGUCUCGUGCUGGCUUGGAAGACUCCGAUGCUGAGACCCUCGCGGAAGCCAUCAAGAUGAGUUAUUCCAUCGAAACAGUCAGGCUAGGAGAGAACCGGAUCGGAGAUGUGGGAGCGAGCGCUCUUGCAGAAGCUGCGGCAGUCAGCUCCUCCCUGUUGACGCUAGACCUUGGGAGCAACCGGAUUGGAAACUUGGGAGCGCAGGCCUUUGCGGAAGCCAUCAAGACGCAUUCCUCCUUGCGGUAUGUCGACUUGAGCUGGAACCAGAUAGGCGAUGCCGGAGCGCAGGUGCUUGCUGAAGCCUUCAAUCAGAGCUCCGCCCUUCGACAACUUGUUUUGAAAGUCAACAACAUCGAAGAUGCAGGGGCCAAGGCCCUAGAGGCGGCUGAGGCCAGCGGGGCAGGCAGAUGGAAAUCCAUCUCUUGGGCUCCAACCAGAUCAAUGCACCUUCUGGAGCAGGCACGGGAGCAAAGGGGCGGUGCAGGGAUCACAUGGGCCCCAUCACAAUCGGAACUUCUGAAACAAAUGCAGAGGAUGAAGCCACAUAGAUGA